AUGAGUCAAAUACGAUUUUCAAAUAGACUGUCAAAUACACAACCAAAGGAAUCAACUAGUUCUUCACAACCACCUGUAUCAAGCCCGGGAGAAGGAGGAGGAGAUGGCGAAAAUGAAAUUACAGAAACAUUAACAAAAUCAAACAGAUUUAUUGGAAAAGAUAAACUUGUACAGCAAAUGGAUGAUCAAUUAAAGCAAUUUGAAGAAUGGCAUAAAAAUCGAGAUUGGCUUGCUUUUCAUCAUCAUCAUUAUGAUUGGUGGAUGUUUCCUAUUGAUGAAAUCAGUAGUCGAGGUACGACUUUUCAAUUACCUGAUGAUGUUUUGAAAGAUCUACGACAAGAUGAGAUUUUUAUUGGUAAGCUUCGUAAAGGUGUACGUUUAAUGGUUACCAGCUGGGGAUGGGAUAUUGAUAAUAGUAAAUAUUUUGACGAAUGUGAUGGUAAACAAAAAUGGUCACAUUGGCCUGUUCGAUUGUAUAAAGCUGGUAAAUGUAUGUGGUUAUUUCAACAGAAUGACUAUUAUCAAUCAUUAAAAAAAUUAGCUGAAGAUAUUAAAAAUCGUCAAAAAGAAAAACUUGAUUAUUUUUCACAUACAGUAAAUGGUAAAGCUGAUGUUCUUAUUCAAUGGGAUAAAAUGGAACGACUAAAAUCUCCGUAA